AUGACAGUGUGUGAUGACUCAAUGACAGUGUGUGAUGACUCAAUGUCAAUGUGUGAUGACUCAAUGACAAUGUGUGAUGACUCAAUGACAGUGUGUGAUGACUCAAUGACAGUGUGUGAUGACUCAAUGACAGUGUGUGAUGACUCAAUGACAAUGUGUGAUGACCCAAUGACAGUGUGUGAUGACUCAAUGACAAUGUGUGAUGACUCAAUGACAAUGUGUGAUGACUCAAUGACAAUGCGUGAUGACUCAAUGACAGUGUGUGAUGACUCAAUGACAGUGUGUGAUGACCCAAUGACAGUGUGUGAUGACUCAAUGACAGUGUGUGGUGACUCAAUGACAAUGCGUGAUGACUCAAUGACAGUGUGUGAUGACUCAAUGACAAUGUGUGAUGACUCAUUGACAAUGUGUGAUGACUCAUUGACAAUGUGUGAUGACUCAAUGACAGUGUAUGAUUUGUAA